GGAUAAUCUCCAAGAAAGGUAUGACCAUCAACAAAAGGUCCUUUUACCAAAAGCUCAAUAUGACUGGAUCAAUUUACGAUUCCAGGAUUACAAAUCUGUAAGUGACUACAAUUCUGCUUUGUUCCAAAUAACAUCAAAACUAAAGUUAUGCGGACAAAAAGUCACUGAUGCUGAAAUGUUGGAGAAAACUUUGUCCACUAUGCAUGUUUCAAAUGUGCUUUUACAAGAGCAAUAUAGACAAAAGCAUUUUCAAAAGUAUUCUGAUUUGAUAUCAGUAUUACUAUUUGCUGAGACGAAUACCGACAUUUUGAUGAGAAACCACAAUAUGAGACCCACGGGUUGUAGCCCGGUUAGUUUUGGUCCACCAAAUCAUGGUUCAAAACAUGAAUCAAAUGCAACCCAUAGUGGUGCUCGUGGACAUUUCAAACAUGGUCGUGGUAUUGGUCGUUAUAAUGGACCUAGCCGGGGAAACAAACAGAGUAGUAGCUCAUUUUACAAAGGCAAGGGUAAGCAAAACCGCCAUCAAACAAAGAGCCCGACGAAAUCUUCAGAAAAGGCCAAAGUCACUUGCUUUAAGUGUGGCACGUCGGGACAUUGGGCAAAUAAGUGUCGUACACCUAGACACUUGAUUGAUUUAUAUAAAUCAUCUCUAAAAGGAAAGAAUGUGGAAACUAAUUACGUCAACGAAAAUGAUCCACCAAUGCCCACAUUCAAUGUGUCUGAUUUCUAUAUGGACGAUAAUGAGAUGAACACUGACAUCAUUAUGGG